AUCCCUCGGGCGGCGGCGGCGGCGGCGGCGAGGCGAGGCGAGACGAGGCGGAGGACCGUGAGCGGUGGGGCCGGUGGCGGGUAGAGGUGUGAGGGUGGCGAGGGACCUCAGGGGUAGUCGGGCCGGUGUGGCCGCCGCCGCCGCCAUGCAGGAAAUCAUCGCCAGCGUGGACCACAUCAAGUUCGACUUGGAGAUCGCAGUGGAGCAGCAGCUCGGGGCACAGCCGCUGCCCUUCCCCGGCAUGGACAAGUCAGGGGCUGCUGUCUGCGAAUUCUUUUUGAAAGCUGCCUGUGGCAAAGGGGGCAUGUGCCCAUUCCGCCAUAUCAGUGGCGAGAAGACGGUUGUGUGUAAACACUGGCUGCGGGGGCUGUGCAAGAAGGGGGACCAGUGCGAGUUCCUGCACGAGUACGACAUGACCAAGAUGCCUGAGUGCUACUUCUACUCCAAGUUCGGGGAGUGCAGCAACAAGGAGUGCCCCUUCCUGCACAUCGACCCUGAGUCCAAGAUCAAGGACUGCCCUUGGUACGACCGUGGCUUCUGCAAGCAUGGUCCCCUGUGCAGGCACCGGCACACACGGAGAGUCAUCUGUGUGAAUUACCUCGUGGGAUUCUGCCCAGAGGGGCCCUCGUGUAAAUUCAUGCACCCUCGAUUUGAACUGCCGAUGGGAACCACCGAGCAGCCCCCACUGCCACAGCAGACGCAGCCUCCGACAAAGCAAAGUAACAAUCCGCCAUUACAAAGGUCGUCCUCCUUGAUCCAGUUAACGAGUCAGAACUCUUCUCCCAAUCAGCAGAGAGCCCCGCAGGUCAUCGGGGUCAUGCAGAGUCAAAACAGCAGCGCAGGCAACCGGGGACCCCGGCCGCUGGAGCAGGUCACCUGUUACAAGUGUGGCGAGAAAGGACACUACGCCAACAGAUGCACCAAAGGCCACUUGGCCUUUCUCAGUGGACAGUGACAGCAGCUGGAGCCAGCUCAGAGCAGCCCAAGGGUCCCCACUCUCGGGGACCACCCUGGGCCAUCCUUGGGAGCGUGCACUUAACUGUUUAACGCCAGUGUUGGUGCAACUCUGGCUGGAGCAGGCAGGCAAGCACGCCAGGGUUCAUCAUUCUGAGGGGCUACGUGACAGUUUCCCUACUAUUUGCUGUAAACUUUUUUAAAAGGGGACAAGUGCUCCAGUUUGGUCAAGUCGGCAUCAUGUCUGUCUCGGCAUGGACACCUGUCCGCAAUUCCCUGCACACCACCCUCUG